UUCUCCCAAAGACGACGUGAGGAGCAUCAGACUACUGGAAAAUAAGCCGGUAUUGGCUUUUAUUCGUCACUUAACAAGAUAUCAAACACAAGCGGGAGUUAAAACGGUCUGCUGCCGGAGCUCCACGAUGUCUGACAGCGAGGACAGCGACUUCUCCGACAACCAGAGUGAGCGGAGCAGCGACGGAGAGGCCGAGGAGGCGGAGGCGGAGGAGACGGGGAGCCCCGUGGGCAGCGACAAGGUAGCAGAGGAGGAAGGAGAGGACCUGGAAGAUGAGGAGGAGUAUGAUGAGGAGGAAGAGGAGGACGACGACGACCGUCCCAGGAAGAAGCCGAGACACGGAGGGUUCAUCCUGGACGAAGCCGAUGUGGACGAUGAGUAUGAGGAUGAGGAAGAUCAGUGGGAGGAAGGAGCUGAAGAUAUUCUGGAGAAAGUUAACGAGGAGGCUGAAGUGUCAAACAUCGACCAUGUGGUUCUGGAUGAAGACCACUCCGGGUCCAGACGGCUGCAGAACCUCUGGAGAGACUCCAGAGAGGAGGCGCUGGGUGAAUACUACAUGAGGAAAUACGCCAAAUCCUCCGGAGGGGAGCACUACUCUGGAGGGUCCGAGGAGCUCUCCGAUGACAUCACCCAGCAGCAACUACUUCCUGGAGUCAAGGAUCCCAAUCUGUGGACGGUGAAGUGUAAGAUCGGAGAGGAGAGAGCGACGGCCAUCGCCCUGAUGAGGAAGUUCAUCGCCUACCAGUUCACCGACACGCCCCUCCAGAUCAAGUCGGUGGUGGCCCCAGACCACGUCAAAGGUUACAUCUACGUGGAGUCGUACAAGCAGACUCACGUGAAGUCGGCCAUCGAGGGCAUCGGCAACCUGAGGAUGGGCCUCUGGAACCAGCAGAUGGUGCCCAUCAAGGAGAUGACGGACGUCCUAAAGGUGGUCAAGGAGGUGACCAACCUGAAGCCCAAGUCCUGGGUCCGGCUGAAGAGAGGCCUGUACAAGGACGACAUCGCUCAGGUGGACUACGUGGAGCCGAGUCAGAACACCAUCUCUCUGAAGAUGAUCCCUCGUAUAGACCUGGACCGCAUCAAGGCCAAGAUGAGUCUGAAAGACUGGUUUGCUAAGAGGAAGAAGUUUAAGCGACCGGCUCAGAGGCUGUUUGAUGCAGAGAAGAUCAGGUCUCUGGGAGGAGAGGUCAGCCACGAUGGAGACUUCAUGAUCUUUGAGGGGAACCGUUACAGCCGCAAAGGAUUCCUGUUCAAGAGCUUCGCCAUGUCGGCUGUGAUCACAGACGGAGUGAAGCCGACACUGUCGGAGCUCGAGAAGUUUGAGGACCAGCCGGAAGGAAUCGACCUGGAGGUGGUCACCGAGUCAGGUAAGGAGCGUGAACACAACCUGCAGGCCGGUGACAACGUGGAGGUUUGUGAGGGAGAGUUGAUCAACCUGCAGGGAAAAAUCCUCAGUGUGGACGGCAACAAGAUCACCAUCAUGCCCAAGCACGAGGACCUGAAGGACCCUCUGGAGUUUCCGGCUCACGAGUUGAGAAAAUACUUCCGGAUGGGCGACCACGUGAAGGUGAUCGCUGGCCGGUACGAGGGCGACACCGGCCUCAUCGUCAGAGUGGAGGAGAACUUCGUCAUCCUCUUCUCCGACCUCACCAUGCACGAGUUGAAGGUUUUGCCCAGAGACCUGCAGCUCUGCUCGGAGACGGCAUCCGGUGUGGACGCGGGAGGGCAGCACGAGUGGGGGGAGCUGGUCCAGCUGGACCCGCAGACCGUCGGGGUCAUCGUCCGGCUGGAGAGAGAGACGUUUCAGGUGUUGAACAUGCACGGGAAGGUCACGACGGUGCGGCACCAGGCGGUGAACCGCAGGAAGGACAACCGCUUCGCCGUGGCUCUGGACUCUGAGCAGAACAACAUCCACGUCAAGGACAUCGUCAAGGUCAUCGACGGGCCACACUCGGUACGUUCACCGCUGGUUCUGAAUAACAAGGAACUAAAUAUUUACGUCUGCUCGAGAUCCUGCAGCUUGUAAAAUCUGCUCUUCAUGGUUUGUCGUUUUACCAAUGUUGGAAAACAUGGAGGCUCCACGUG